CUCUCUCCACUCUUUCUUAUGAUAGUUUUGACGUCAGCAACCUGCAAUUGAGCGAAUGAACUGUGAGAAAGGACCGAGCCCUUUGCCGGAACUACCGGGAGGCAGUAGCAGAGAAGACCGAGUGAGUCGCCCGCCGCGGAGGAGCCAAUAACCGAGGAAAGGUCCACAGUGAGGAGCCGCCGCCGCCGCCGCCGUGAGAAGCGAACGAUGCUGCUGCUGCUCACCGCCCUGUAACACACACACACACACACACACACACAGAAGGAAACCACCGAGAAAAGGACCGUUAUCGACAGAACACAGACGGACGGACGGACAGUACCGAGACCACGCCACAGAAACAAAGUGCCACAGCUGCGGAGGAAGGAGACCACAUUGUGCUGUCUUUUUCCACAGCGAGCGGAACCUUUUGAUUUAUUUAAAUGCUUUAACGGUGCCGUUUCCCCGGCGUGAGAGAGUGAGACAGAGAGGGAGCUGCCCAGAGAGAGAGAGAGAGAGAGAGAGACUGAAGGAUUAAAAAAGAGAAGGAAAUAAACCCCAAUUAUAUCAAAAAAGAAAAGGGAAGAAAAAAAGGAUUUGCAAAUUCUCUUCAAUUAAGUCCACCAUUUUUAUUGCACGCCUUCCCCCUUUCCUCGUCGCUGCCGUGGAUCCUGGUACCAGUACCGCCAUCAAGCUGUGUUCUCUAACCAUGGGAUGUACUCUGAGCGCAGAGGAGAGGGCGGCUCUGGACCGGAGCAAAGCCAUCGAGAAGAACCUGAAGGAGGACGGCCUCACUGCGGCCAAAGAUGUUAAGCUGCUGCUGCUCGGGGCUGGAGAGUCAGGGAAAAGCACCAUCGUCAAACAGAUGAAGAUCAUCCACGAGGACGGCUUCUCUGGUGAUGACGUUAAGCAGUACAAGCCUGUUGUUUACAGCAACACUAUCCAAUCUCUGGCUGCCAUCGUCCGUGCCAUGGAUACACUGGGGCUGGAGUAUGGAGACAAGGAACGCAAGGCGGAUGCUAAGAUGGUGUGUGAUGUCGUCAGUCGCAUGGAAGACACGGAGCCUUACUCCGCCGAGCUGCUUUCUGCCAUGAUGCGUCUGUGGUCUGACUCCGGUAUCCAGGAGUGCUUCAGCCGCGCCCGCGAGUACCAGCUCAACGACUCAGCGCAGUACUACCUAGACAGCCUAGAUCGGAUUGGUGCACCAGACUACCAGCCGACAGAGCAGGACAUUCUGAGGACCAGAGUGAAGACCACGGGCAUCGUCGAGACACACUUCACCUUCAAAAACCUUCACUUCAGGCUGUUUGAUGUGGGAGGUCAGCGGUCAGAGAGGAAGAAGUGGAUCCACUGUUUUGAGGAUGUCACAGCCAUCAUUUUCUGUGUGGCACUCAGCGGAUACGACCAGGUGCUGCAUGAGGACGAGACCACGAACCGCAUGCUUGAGUCGCUGAAGCUCUUCGAGUCCAUCUGUAACAGCACGUGGUUCAAGGACACCGCCAUCAUCCUCUUCCUCAACAAAAAGGACAUCUUUCAAAGCAAGAUCAGCAAGUCGCCGCUGUCCAUCUGCUUCCCUGAGUACACUGGUCCCAACAGCUACACGGAGGGAGUGGCCUAUAUCAGGUCUGCGUACGAGAGCAAGAACAAGUCAAUCAACAAGACCGUCUAUCCCCACGUGACCUGCGCCACAGACACCAACAACAUCCAGUUUGUCUUUGACGCCAUUACUGAUGUUAUCAUAUCUUUAAACCUGCAGGGCUGCGGCCUGUACUGAUCGUGACGGUGUUACACGUCAGUGUGUGUGUUUCAGUCUAAUGUAGGUGUUCAUGAUGUCGUCAUCAGCUCAUGUAUUUGUAUAGUUUUCAUGUGUCAGUCCCUUUAGAAGCAAACUCCACAUUUAACUGUAAUGUGUUUGACUCACUUCAAUAUUUGUUUUCUUUUAUUUCAUUUAUGUGUGCAUAUGUCAUAGAUACACGUUACCAAUAUGCAUAAAUCAUAGUCAAGUUUACUUAACACCCACUUCUGCAGACUUUAAACUGUUUGUUCA